UGUCUGUAUGUGGCUUCAAGCCGCCGAAUGUCCAAACAUGGCUGGGUAUAUAAAAGACGACGGCGUUGCGCUGAAUUCGCUCAUAAAGAUCGCACAAACUGCAGACUGAGAAAGUAAAAUACGAAAUGGGUGUCCGUGUCUUCAACUGCUGUGCCGUUUUAUUGGCGUUAUUUUACAUUUGUUUCGGUGCUAUCGACGCCGCCGCCAUUAACGGUGGUCCUCGCAGCGCCAGCGCCUUGACGCCAGCCAGCGAAAAUGUGCAUGCGCUGCGCGUCGCGCGUCAAGCAUACUCCGACGAAGAUGACUCUGAGGAGGAAGAUGAUGUGCAAGCGCAAAAUUUCGCACAACAUCAACAACAAUUUCCUGACGACUCACAGGAGGAUAGUGAUGAGGAUGAUGCCGAUGAUGAUGGUGAUGACGAUGGCAGACGUCGACGUCGUCGCGACACACAGGCCGCAGAGGCUGAGAAACCCGAGUUAGUUGAAACCGUCGCAGUACCAGAACCUUUGUCAGCGCCCGCGAUGAACGCACCAACCGCUGCGCUCGAUAAGGAACCCGAACAGAACGCGGAAGCUGGCGCACCAACUGUGGCUGCGACGCCGAAUGCGCCAUCACGCAACACAUCUGUGUUAAUACUCAUACGCGAUGCGCUGAAGAAGGUCACCACGCUGCCCACCGAACAGGUGGCCACCAACGCGUUGCAGUACUUCCAGCUGUUCGAGCAUUUCAUACAGCAGACAAUCGAGAAUGUGAUUGGCGAUGACGAUGAUGAUGAGGAUGAGGCAGCAGCUGGUGGCACCGCAGCAACCACUAUUAAGCCGGAUAGUAUUUUCACGCCUGAGGAGGAGGAAAUUAUUGCCGGCGUUGAGGAGAUUCUCAAGGAGCCCGAGUUGGUCAACAAGCAACCGCAGGAGCCGGCCAAACCAGCCGAGGAAGUUGAAAAUGUAGUGGCAGAAACUAUACCAGCUCCCAGCGCUUCAAAUCCUGCAUUGGUUGCGGAGGAAAAACCUGCAACUGCUGCGGAACCAGCUGCGAGCGCAGCUUAAAUGAGCUAAUUGAUUUUAUUUGGCGCUCUAUAGUGUGUAGUUGUAUGUACUUAUUUAUUUAUUGCAUAGUUAUUUAGGAAAAAAUAUAAAGAAAUUUCAUUGAAGAAA